GAGACAUUAUUUAAUUAUUCACAAUCAAUGAAUUAAAUUUUAUUUAAAUGAUAAUGUACAAAUUCAAUUGAUCUUCUAUAAAAUCUACACAUAAGCGACUGUAAUUAAUGUUAUCAAAAAAAUAUCUGGUUGAAUCAAAAGCGUAUCCGAACCGGAGAUGCACCCGAAUUUCCCUUUCGCAAGCCUUUUCCGCUUCCUCUAUCCAACUUUCAGCCUUCGAAAUGGCAAAGAGAACAAGAAAGGUUGGCAUUACUGGAAAGUAUGGUACCAGAUAUGGUGCCUCACUGAGGAAGACCAUCAAAAAGAUGGAAAUUGAACAGCAUUCCAAGUACACAUGUCAGUUUUGUGGAAAGGACGCUAUGAAAAGAAGAGCUGUAGGAAUCUGGCACUGCACCAAGUGUAUGAAGACUGUUGCAGGAGGUGCUUGGAUAUACAGUACAAAUGCUGCAGCCACAGUAAGAAGUGCAGUUCGACGUCUUAGAGAAAUGAAGGAACUUUAAAGUGUCAAAAAAUAAAAUAUAAAAAAACUA